GAGAGAGUGAACUCGAGCCCUCCUGGAACGAUGAAGAAUUUUCUAAUUUUAGUUAUUACAGUGGCAAUUUUUUGUCUUGGCAAUGCUAGUCGCCUGCGGAUGCUGGGAGGGUCCGAAGCCCCGGAGGAUCGCUUUCAGUACCAAGCCUACUUGAAGAACAUCCUCAAAGUCAAGUACGACGGAUUCUAUUGCGGAGCCUCGAUCAUCGACAAACGUUUUGUUCUCACUGCGGCGCAUUGUCUUGACGGAGAGGAACCCGCGACGACCCACGUAGCAGUGGGUACUCACGAGCUCGGCAGCCCCGACAAAGUCGAGUACCAAGCCGAGGCUUUCUUCGUUCAUCAGUGUCAUUUGGGCGGAGAUGAUUUCAACAUUAAAGAGAAGGGAUUGAACGACAUAGCCCUGAUACGUUUGAAAGAAGAUAUAGAAUUUAACGAGAAGGUCAAACCGAUUGGAUUACCGCCCGCUGCUGAUUAUCAGAGUCCGGAGGGCACGACAGCGAUACUCACCGGAUGGGGCAGAAUUAAAGAAAAAGGCCGGAUACCGACGAAAAUGGAAAUGCUGACCGUCCUCGUCGAGGACACGGAGAAAUGCAAGAAGCUUUACGAGCACGCCAACGAGACCAUAACGCACAUCGACUCGGGUAUGCUCUGCGCGAAAAUGCAAAAGAAUCAGGGAUUCUGUAACGGAGAUUCCGGUGGACCUCUGGUCGACGCUCGGGGCUAUCAGAUCGGCGUCGUCAGCACCGUGAAACACUGCGGCAACGGCGUGCCCGACAUCUACUCCAAAGUCUCGCACUACGCCAAGUGGAUCAACGGCAUAAUCAAGGGCCGGGCCUGGUAUACGAAAUGGUACAAGGGCUUCGUGAACUUUUUCAACAACAUGCUGCCCAUCGUGAACACGUGCAAUUUGUAGAUUGGACAAUGGAUUAAAAAUUAAA